AUUUUACAAUUGCUGUCACACAGAAUUUCUGUUCUCCAACUUCCAUUGAACAAGUUUGGUUACGUACUCGAAAUGCACGCCCUAAACUAGCACAAAAGCUCUUAUCAAAGAUUAUACGAUUGUCAACCAUUGGAGGUACAAGACACAAUAAAAACUUUUAUCGAAAUUUGAAAAGUUCAACUAAUGAUGAUGAUGAUACUGAAGAUAAACGAAGAUAUGAGAACAAUGUGAUUGAGGAUGAUAGAGAUAAGAAAAAGAGAAGGGAAAUGUAA